AUGGAAGAAGAGUUGAGAAACUUAAUCAAGGUAUGGAUCUCUGCCUUAAUCUCCAUCUGUUAUUGUUAUUACAUAUCAUCUAGAAUCUCUAAAGGUCUUCUUCGUCUCCUCUCUGUUCUUCCCAUCUGUAUUCUGUUUCUUGCUCUUCCUCUGUUCCUCUCUUCUGUGCACUUUUGCAGCAUUUCAGCUCUUUUUUUCUCAUGGCUUGCAAACUUCAAGCUUCUUCUCUUUGCCUUCGAUCAAGGACCUUUGUGCCCACCUCCCCCAAAUCUCCCUCGUUUCAUCUGCUUCGCUUGUUUCCCCAUCAAAAUCAGACGAAACCCUUCUCCAAAUACGAUCAAGAAUCUUCAUCGUAAGAAUGAACCUAUGCCUAAAUGGGUUUUGGCUGUCAAAGUUUUGGUAUUUGGCGUCUUGUUACAUGUCUAUGAAUACAGCGAUGGUUGGCCUCAGUUCGUUGUCUUGGCACUCUAUUGUCUCCAUCUCUACCUUGAGGUGGAACUUGCCCUGGUGUUCGUCGGGGCAGUGGUAUCUACUCUUCUCGGGUGUGACACUGAGCCAGUGUUCAAUGAGCCUUACUUAGCCACCUCUCUACAAGACUUCUGGAGCCGCAGAUGGAACCUCAUGGUUUCAGCCGUCCUACGCUCAACCGUCCACAUUCCGGUUCAGCGUUUUUCCACACGCUUUCUCGGUUCAAACAAAGCUGUGUUAGUCGGGGUCAUGGCCUCGUUCCUUGUCUCGGGGUUAAUGCACGAGCUGGUCUACUUUUACGCAAUCCGUCUGCCUCCAACUUGGGAGGUCACUUGUUUCUUUGUGUUGCAUGGUGUUGCGACCGCCGCAGAGAUAGCGGUGAAGAGAACACUGCGGUGGAGACCACCGCAUCGGGCUCUUUCGGGUCUUGCGGUUCUAGCGUUUGUGAGCCUGACUGGCGUUUGGUUAUUCCUCCCUCAACUGCUGAGAAACAAUGUUCAUGAGAGAGCGAUUAGUGAAUGUUUGUUUGUCAUUGACUUUGUCAAACAUAACUUGUUCAUUUUUUCUGGUUGA